ACUGUUCUAUAUGUAAAAUGAAAUGAGCCUAAUGUUGUGUGAGCGGCCGGACAUGAUGCGUGUCAUGUGAACGUGGCACAGAGAGGACGCCCUGCUCCUGCUUCUGUCUAUGUGAGAGCACCAUGUUGGGUCCCUCUUUAAGAACAAACAGCCGGGACCUGCCCUUUAAUUCCGCCUGCUCCUCCGCCAUGUAUCCACCGUCGGCGUAACACAACAGCGGGACCCCUCAGCCUCCACAUCCCCAGCGCCGCGUACGCACAGCGAGUGUCCGCUCCCUCCUUGCCAUGCCCCGGGUCACCUCGCUGCUGCCCGCCCUGCUGUUCGUUCUCCUGCCGGGCCCGAGCCGGGGAUAUUUCCCCGAGGAGCGCUGGAGCCCCGAGUCCCCGCUCCUCGCUCCCCGGGUCGUCAUCGCGCUCGUGUGCCGCAACUCGGCGCACUCCCUGCCGCUGGUCCUCGGUGCCGUCGAGCGCCUCAACUACCCGAAGGACCGCAUUGCGCUGUGGGUGGCGACAGAUCACAACAUAGAUAACACCACAGCCAUCCUGAGAGACUGGCUCAUCAAGGUGCAGAAUUACUAUCACUAUGUGGAGUGGAGACCUGAAGAUGAACCCAGUGCCUUUGAGGAUGAGGUGGGGCCUAAGCACUGGAAUAAUCUCCGCUAUGAACAUGUGAUGAAGCUCCGUCAGGCCGGGCUGGACACCGCCCGCGAGAUCUGGGCCGACUACUUCCUGGUUGCUGACUGUGACAACCUGCUCACCAAUCAGGAUGUGUUGUGGAAAAUGAUGAUGGAGAACAAGACCAUUGUGGCUCCCAUGUUGGAGUCCAGAGCUGCCUACUCCAACUUCUGGUGCGGCAUGACUUCACAGGGUUACUACAAGCGUACACCGGCCUACAUGCCGAUCCGUAAGCAGGAGCGUCGCGGCUGUUUCGAUGUGCCCAUGGUCCACUCUACCUACCUGGUGGACCUCCGGAAAGAGGCCUCCCGUCAGCUGGCGUUUUACCCGCCGCAUCCGGAGUACAGCUGGGCCCUCGAUGAUGUCAUCGUCUUUGCCUUCUCAGCUCGCAUGGCGGAUGUGCAGAUGUAUGUGUGCAACAAAGAAACAUAUGGGUACUUCCCGGUGCCGGUGCGCUCCCUUGCGACCCUGCAGGACGAGGCGGAGAGCUUCUUGCACACGCAGCUCGAGGUCAUGGUGAAAAAUCCUCCACUGGAGCACUCCAGCUUCCUGUCUCUUCCUCCCAAGCAGCCUAACAAGAUGGGCUUUGAUGAGGUGUUCAUGAUAAAUCUGGUGCAGAGAUCUGACCGUCGUGAGCGCAUGCUAAGAACUCUGUACGAGCAGGAGCUCAGCUGUAAGGUUGUCGCUGCUGUGGAUGGCAAAGCUCUGAACUUGUCGGAGAUCGAGUCUAUGGGGAUUAAGAUGCUUCCAGGCUAUAAAGACCCUUAUCAUGGUCGACCUCUCACCAAGGGUGAACUGGGUUGUUUCCUCUCUCACUACAACAUCUGGAAAGAGAUCGUGGACCGUGGCCUGCAGAUUUCCCUGGUCAUCGAGGACGACCUCCGCUUCGAGGUAUUCUUCAAACGUCGUCUCCAGACUCUCCUGGAGGAGGUGACGACACACAAGCUGGACUGGGAUCUCAUUUACAUCGGACGGAAGCGCAUGCAGGUGGACCAUUCGGAGAAGUCUGUACCCAACAUACACAAUCUGGUGGAGGCUGACUACUCCUACUGGACGCUCGGUUACCUGUUGUCAUUACAAGGAGCUCAGAAGCUCCUCAUGGCCGAUCCUCUGACCAAGAUGCUCCCUGUCGAUGAGUUCCUCCCUGUCAUGUAUGACAAACAUCCAGUUUCAGAGUACAUGGGACACUUUGAGAGUCGGGACCUGCACGCCUUUUCUGCCGAGCCUCUCCUGGUCUAUCCGACCCACUACACUGGAGAACCUGGCUACAUCAGCGACACGGAAACUUCUGUGGUUUGGGACAACGAAACGGUCACAACUGACUGGGAUCGAGCCAAGUCGAGGAAAACUCAGGAGCAGGAGGAGCUGAGCUUCGAGGCCCAGAACUCUGACGUGCUGCAGUCAGAACUGGAGAACUGGAGCGCACGGGACGAGCUGUGAUGGGGUGGGGAGAUACAGAUGAGGGAGAUGGAAGAUAGACAAAGCUGUGAUCACGUGGGGCUAUGGAUGAGAGGGAAGGAAUAAAACAGAAAGCAGGAGAAGAGGGGAAAAAGGCAGAGCAGAUGGACUUGAGGCUGAUUGAGGAUAGAUGCUUUUCCUUGUAUGUUUCUCUCGCCACUAUUUCAUCUUUCUCUUACGAGAGAGGGUUAGAUGUAGUGAUAACUCUUGUAAAGUCAGCUAGCAGCUUUUGUUUUAAUUAUUGCAUCCAACGCACAUCCCCUUGACCACAGUCUGGUCCUUCAAAUAAUUCCAUUAUUUUUAUUAAACAUUUGAUCAGAUUUGUCCCAAUUGAUAUUUUAAAUAAAUUCCUUAUUAGGAAAUUUUCCUAAACAAAAAAAGGUUCCAGAAAUGCAUUAUUUCCUGUAACAUGUUUAGAAAUGACUGAUGGUAACAUUUCAACUGUCCAGCAUAAUUUCACAUCACUGGAUGGGGUGGGUGAAGUGUUGGAGUUUCGGGAGUAAACAGUGUAAAUACCGAUGAAGAUAUUAGGGACUAACUUCAGACGUAAAAAAAACUAAAAACAUUCAUAGCAUGUCUCCAUACUGCUCGUGAGGUGUCAUACGAGUUUUCAGAAGCCCCCGACAUUCAUAUUCGACUGGAAACGAGGUCAUUGACACCAUGUUUAACCCCUAAAAGUCCGACCGAAGAGGCUAAGCUAGCGGACGUUAUCAUUUCCGACGGUCCCUGAAGGCACCUCGUUGGAAGAUACCAAUGGACAUUUAGGCUUAAAACUUGGUGUAAAUGACGCCGUUUCAAGUCGAGGCUAGCGGACACUUGGAUGAAACCACAAGAGCAGUAUGGAGGCAUGUUGUUAUUUUUUUCUGUAGUUUUUUUCACGCCUGAAGAUAAGUCCCUAAUAUCUGUUAUCUUUGUAUUUGGCUGCUACGCUGUUUACCCCUGAAACUCCAAAGGUGUUUUGUGGACUCAAACACAUCACCCACCCUUCCCAUCGGCACAGUGGUGAGUAGAUAAUGAGUGAAUUAUCAUUUUUGGGUGAACUAUCCCUCUAAACUUCCCACAUAGAAGCUGCAGUGUGGCUUGGGUUUGAAAUGAGAAAUCAGAAAAACAAUAUAUUACUUUUUAUUGAAUAAAACAAGUUUCAGAGUAACUUUUUAUGUACAGUGCUUUUUCUCUAUCUCAGUGGCUCCCAGCCUGGCUUUUGAAUACUUUGAAGAAACGAAUGCCUAUUUACAAACUCUUAUCACCAGAUGCUAAUGUCUGUUCUACCAAUCAAUGACUUUUCUUGAUUUAUUUUUAUAAUAAUCCUCAAGAAGUAAAAUAUCCUGUAAAUCAGAAUGACAGACGAACUAAGUGCAACUUCAAUCUGUUAUUAUUAGCUUUCCUCUCAAGUUGUUCAUCUUGUAACCCCUCACAUUUAUCUUGUGACACCUUACCCCCCGACCCAUAUGUUGGAAACCACUCUUCUUCACCUCUUUUAUUAACUCCAUGCUUUUUAGCUAAGAGUAGCCAGUGUGUUAUUUAUUAUACAUUACUUAACCUUUCUUAUCUUUUCACUUGUGAAUGUAUCACUUCAACACCCGCAGUUUGUGUCAGUGUCAGUAUAUUCUAACACGCCAUAUGUUGCAGUUUUGAAUGAAACUUUUUGCUUUUGUUGCAUAUUGAUCAGAAAACUCAUUUUAUCUCAGUGUCUUUCUUCCUUUUCUUCCAUACUUUUUUUUUUUUUUAACCAAAGAACGAAUAAAAACUUUUAUAUUGAA